GUCAAGUGAAUUGAUUUUACAAAGUGAACAGGUGGGAAUUGUCUUUCACGAUAGAAACAACAAAUACCCUAAUCAUCCAGGAAGAAGAACACACAGCAGACACCAGGACCUUCCAAAGCAGUCACCAUGUUGGCGAGAGCAGUGUGUGUUUUCCCUUUGCAGGUGGCUGCAAGUUAUAUCAUAGAGCCGUCACACCACCACGGGGUCGAGAAAAGAGGAGGUUGGGAUGACAGUUGCAAGUAUCCUCCAAACUGUUCUAGUUCAAAGGUGCCUUUUGGAAGUAUCAGUUGUAGCCAAACCUGGGGCGGGCAAGUGUCUUGUAACCUCAGCUGUAGUCAUGGAUACACAGCUGACGGUGGCUCUUCAUCUUGCAAUAAUGGACAACUGUCUCUUGGGGGCUAUUGUAGAGAAAUCAGAUGUCCAUCUCCACCAAAAGUUGGUAAUGGUGUCAUUCAAUGUGGAACCAGCACACACCACAAAUUGAAUGAUGUGUGUUACCUUCGUUGUAAUGCUAGCUAUAUACUAAGCUCACCUUCAUCUGAGGUCAAGUGCUUGUCAAGCGAAACCUGGUCUACUCAGGCUGUCUGUGUUGCAAAAAAAUGUACCCCUCCUUCCUCUGUGUCCCAUGGCCUCUAGAACUGUACCGAUGCCCCUCAAGUUAUUGGUGCAGUCUGUGGUCUUCUGUGUGGCAAUGGAUACAAACUACAGCCUGGGGUGAAGACGGUCAC